AUGCGGAAAGUCCUCAUUGUGGAUGGAACACACCUCAAGAAUGUCUAUGGUGGAGUUCUCCUUGUCGCGACUGCUCAGGAUCCCGAUCAUCAUCACUACCCAAUUGCGUUUGGUGUAGCAGACGGAGAGAAUGAUGAAAGCUGGACAUGGUUUAUGGAGCAGUUGAAAUUAGCGAUAACUGAUGUCCCCGGAUUGGUGUUUCUUUCAGAUAGAAACAGAAGCUUGAUCAAGGCAGUGCGUCUAGUAUUACCUGAGGCCGAACAUGGGUAUUGUAUAUGGCAUUUGUCUCAGAAUGUUAAAGGCCACGUCCAUAACAACAAAGAUACUUUUGCGUUCAAGUUUAGAGAAUGCGCAUACGCUUAUACAGUGGCUGAGUUCAAGUAUCUUUAUGAUGCUUUUCGCAGGAAGUAUCCAAGCGCAGCGGUCUAUCUUGACAAGAGUGUUGAAGAGAAGAAAUGGGCUAGAUGUUACUUUGAAGGAGAUAGGUACAAUGUUGACACCACCAAUUCAGUAGAAUCUUUUAAUGGUGUUAUUAAGAAUGCGAGAAUGUACACCUUACUGCCAAUGUUUGAUUUCAUCAUUGCAAAAAUGGCUGAAUGGUUUAACAAGUAUAGGAAGAAGGCAGCUGAAGUACCGGUCACAGUGAAGCUUGUGCCUAUUGUGGAAGACGUAAUGUCUAUAAGAUGUGUUCAAGCAGGGUUUCUCACGGUUGAUGAGUUAAACAGCUUCUUUCUUGAGUACAGUGUGCAUGAUGCUGACGGGAGGGUUUAUACAGUCGAUAUGGCUAGGUACACUUGCAGCUGUGAGCAAUUUGAUAAAGACAAAUACCCAUGUGUGCAUGCAGUAGCGGCUGCCACAUUCAUGACUAGUAAGGCAGGAAAGGAAGUCCAUCUAUCUGAGUAUUGCUCUAAGUACUAUUUGGUAGAGCAAUGGGCUUUGGCUUAUCACAGGACAAUAUAUCCUGUUCCUCAUAUGUCUGAUUGGGUUGUACCAGAAGAAGUUAGAGCAAAGAAAAUACUUCCUCCGGAUUUUGAAGUCAAGAAAGGAAAACCACAACAAACAAGGUUUCCAUCUGUAGGAGAAUCUCGUGGAAGAGGAAAAAGAGGCAGGGGAGGUGGUAGAGGGAGUGGCAGAGGGAGAGCCAGAGGCACGGGUAGAGCCAGAGGAGAAGGUCUUGCAGCGUAUUUAUGUGGAAGUGGUUCCAGUUCAGGUGUUUGA